UAUGCUCGCAGAUGCGCGGCAAACGGCGCCGAGCGAGCAUCGUUGGAGUAUUUCUCUCUCUCUCUCUCGCGAUCACAUCCUCCCGGUGAGAUUCCCUAUCCCCCGUGACGCGCGGUACGAAUGUACAGACGUCCGGCGCAAAAAAUCGGAGCGGUUGAAUCUCUGACGACGAGCGCGUCGCGUCGCGUCGAGGAGCGGUUUCAUCCUCUCGCUCGCUCGCGGUGUGUUGUGCGCGAGACUCUAGGUCGCCGACGAUUUGUGUUCAGUGCAACGGGUGCGACCUUGUCCUGAAACAGCUGCCGGAGGAGAGAGCAGGAGCAUUAUACGUAAGUGCAGUUGAGAAAUUUGCUGUGAAAAUGAGUUGCGCGUCGCAGUGCGCCAAGUACUUUCUCUGCUUCUUCAACUUCGUAUUCUUCGUCGCCGGAGGAGCGGCACUGACUGUCGGCAUUUGGCUUUUCGCCGACAGAAGCUCGUUCACCAAUCUCAUUGGGAAGCUCGACGAAACCGACAUCUUGAACAAAACGGACGCCGAUGUCAUCAGAAUGAUAUCCUACAUUCUUAUCGUAGCCGGUGCUCUUACGUUUAUCGUCAGUUUCCUUGGGUAUUGCGGUGCCAUGUUCGAGUCUAGAUGUCUUCUCUGCGUCUACGGCAUUCUAAUCUUGCUGGUUUUAGUCCUGGAGUGUGUGGUAGUUGGCCUAGCAUUUGGACUUAAAGGAGAUGCCGAGGAAGGUACGCAGAACUUCUUGAAGUCGACCAUCAAAUAUUAUGCUGCCACCGCUGAUAAAGCUGAAACAGUAACAGUCGCGUGGGAUGGUAUUAUGAGCCAGCUUCAUUGUUGCGGCGUGGAAAGUUACCAAGACUUCAGCGAAUAUACGAAUCUGACUUCAACCGGAAAAGUGAUUCCCGAGGCCUGUUGUAUAAAAAUGAGCGAAGGAUCUAACAUUCUGAAGGAUCCUUCAUGUCCAAUUAAUCCUACCGCGUCCAAUUCGUAUCAAAUGGGUUGUUACAAGGCCAUAAUGACCACCAUCGAGGAGAACGCGGCGAUAGUGAUCGGUGUGGCCGCUGUCCUGGUCUUCGUCGAGGUCUUGGUCAUUAUUCUGGCGCUUUAUCUAGCCUGCUGCUACUGGCGUCCACAACAUGCUUGUGUAGACGUAUCAUCAAGGCAGGCCUGGUGAGGUGCUGAAGUAAGGAUGAUGAUUUUGAUGGGGUUUGCUUUCAAGUAAGAUGGAGGCUGAGGCUGUCAGUUGACAGCUGAUCCCUCUCACGCUGCUGCUUUGCCGCAGCGUCUAGAUCUAUCCUCAAUUUCUACUCUACAAACAUUCUUUCGUGAAUUCUAUUGAGGCAUGGUAGCUUUGCUCUCCACCCUUGCAUGUUCAUGCUGUUGUAUAUAAUUUGACAGAAAGAGAGAGAGAGAGAGAGAGAGAUAUGCGGAUAUAUGCGGAGGCAGGAGGGAGGCCCGAUUGCAUCGUUACGCAGCGCAACCUGAAACAGGAAGUGCGCUUAGCGAGGGAUAUCCUGAUAUAAUAUCAUCGAUGAUAGAUUAUCACACUGCUUCUAGGGUGUGAAUUGAAAUAAGAAAUAAAUAUUACAAACGAAAAGAUAGAAGUCUGUAAAGUAGUCUAAUAUGUAAACUAGACGUUUUAAAUCUGUGCAAUCGUUGUUUCAUGUUUAUAUCUAAUCUAAAAAAAAUGUUAAUUAUUAUAAUUAGACAGUCUUCGAGUAUAUAAAGACGCGAAAUAAAGACAUUGUUUCUCAUAAUUUAUCCACAAGUAAAUUACGAAGCAAUAAUUAUAAUUGCUGAAUGAACGAGGCCAAAGUUGACAAAAAUAUAGAUCGCUCUAAUCGAAGCGUUACUUUUAUAAUAUUCUUUUUUAACUUAUACAAAUUUAUCUUUAUAUAGAUAUAUAUAUAUAUAUAUAUUUGAGCGAGAAUUAAAAAUUUUUGUUCUAUCGCGCACAUUAUUGAAUUUGCGCUGAGAAACUGAACGUAUUCGUGCCAAACGAAUAUGCAAUUGGGCCAAGCUUUAGCGUUACAAUUUCAUUUCAUUUCAUGAUUUGUUCAUACUCGAGUGACUACAUCAGCACAAGUUAUUAAACACACGUGGCGAAAUUCUACUCGGAAUUGUCGUACGCAGAUAAUAGAACAUUAACUGUUUCUUUCCGUCCCUCCCCAUUUAAUUAAUUAGAGAAUAACUUAGUGAUUCUAUCGUCUCAAUGUUGCAAACGCUAUAUACGUACCUAACAGAUACAUCACUGAUCGCGAGAUGAAAGAAUCUCAUUCACGCAUAAUAUGUAAAGAACGUAAAAAAAGUUUAUCACCGUAAAUGUGGGUACAAACGUACAAUUUCGAGGAGAAGUCCAAUACCUUGAUAAGAAAUUGAUAAUGUGUAUUAGUGUAUAUUCUCAAUGUUUAACACACACUGCUGUAUACGCAAACUGUAUACGUAUGCGCACCAAACACACACGCACAGAGAACGAAAGCAACAGAUUCUAAGACUGAAAAUUAAGAAAUUAAAUUUAACGCACAUACAUUACAAUAAUCUGAUGAUAUGCGGAUUUUACAAAUCGAUAUCAUUUUCUAUGACGAGAUACGUGUAUUUAGAUAAAGUAUAUUUUUGCAAUUUUACGAUAUAGAUAAAAACGAACAAACUUUUGAUUCUUUGUUCAUUUCGAAGAGUUUAUAUAGAAGUAAAAUCAAAUUUUGUGUUAUGUAUAUUGCACGUAUCUCUCGCAGGCGUAUGUACAUCUGUAUACGUGUCGAAAAUGCCAAAAAUGCCAAAAAAAUAAUGAUGCACAAAUAAUCUUACGCUUUUUCUUCGGUACCUUCGGUACCUCUCUAGAUUUUUAAUAACGAUCUCUGAUAGAGUACGUUUGAUUUAUGUCGCAGUAACAUUGCGUAAUCUCAUAUAUUGUAGUGCGAUGUUACAAAGAGAGUUGUUGAGAGAGUUGGAGCAACGUAUCUGUAACAUUAUAAUUUUACAAUUGAAUACUCUCUGCGCGUGUUGUAUAAUUACAGUGCCAAUUAUUCUAAUCGCGCGAUAUCGGCUGAAGAAGCGUGUUUUAAAUACGUUCUUUCUCUCUGUGUUAGUAUGCGUGCGCGUACGUACACGACCGACACAUAAUUCAAUUUUACGAUGCUCUUUAUACUCAUGGCUACUAAUUGUUCAUGCCGCACAUUCUAGACAUUUUCGUUUCCAGUGUUAACUUGUUGGUGCUGCUGUUGACGAGGCAUUAAGAGCAUGGAACUGUUGAGUAGUGCCUCCUAGCACGUUGAGAGCCCUUAGUGUGCUCCUGUGCCUUGCUUGCUUGCGAAACUCUAGUUGCUAGCCCAGCCUAGGCUAGCUGAAAAAUCGACCGACAGAAAAAAAAAAGAUUCUGACACGCUUGAGUCAACGAAACGUUUUCGGAAAAAUAUUGGCAGUGACAUAGAAGAUAUGAAUCAAUACGCUCAUUAUAUAUCGCGUUUCUCUUAAAAAAAAAUCAUUAUCUAAUUAUCCUAGGAUACAUAUAUCAUUCUUUUUUAUUCAUAUAUAUUAUAUAUGUAUAGUAUAUAUAUACAUAUAAUACAUAGAGAGAGCGAGAGAAAACUUACGCGAUAUAAAGUUUCUCCAAUGUCACUGUAAGUUGACAACGUUUCGUCUAGUAUUUGUAUUAUGGAGGUACAAGCGUUUAAAGUAAUGGAGAAACGGGAUCGGAGAUAUCGUAGAGCUGACUAAAGUAUGCUCUGCAAUAAUGAAUGUUUUCUUUUUCAUCUUUUCUCUUAUCAUCUAUAUCUUAAUGCAAAUAUUAAAUGUCGAUAACAAAUAAUGAAUGUAUAUACGCAAAAUACGAUAACAUUAGAUAUUUUCAUAAAACAUUUUAGAUGCUUGUAUCAUAACUCGGAAUACUCAUACGCGAUAUUUUGUCCAUCUCGAAAUGAAAAAAAUAAAUAGUGGAAUAUAUUUGACGAAAUAUUCGUGAGACAGGAGGCCGAUGUAUACUUCUUCGGCAUAUCUUUUUCGCUAUUUUAUUGCAUUCAACAGAAUUUUUUGAGAACUUUCUUAUAUACGUACACUUACUGAACAAUCGCAGCUUUACACACGAGAUCUAUAUAUUUUGGAGUAGCAUUCGAAAGAACAGCCAGAUAAAGGCGUUGUUAAUUCUUAAAAGAAAUUAAAGUAUAUAUUUUCAUGCGGGAAAAAUAUUUCAUUCGACAUUAUAUUAUAUUAAGGAUAUUAUAUUAAGGAGGAAAGAGAAGAUACAUGCGUACAAAUUCUGUAACAGAUUUAUAGUAAAGAUCUCGUGUUUAUAUUGGUACUGAUUUCAUCCUGAUAUAUACUUCUAGCCUUGUAUUUUUCUCAUGUACCUGAUUAAUAAAAAAAAAGAGAUUAUCAGAUAUAAAUAUUUCUAUGAGAAACGCGGAGAAAAAUGGCGUAUCAUUGCUGAUAGUAUAGAUCGGGAAGAGCAUUUUACAUACAUUCACAUUUUGUGAGCAUCAAAAAUCAUAAGCAUUUAUAUUUGAACGUUUAUUCUCUUUUCUUUGUCAAUUGUCCUGUAUGAAAAUGUGCUGCACAUCACUGUGUUCCUAAUAGAGGAAUAACAAUCAAACCUCCUUUUACCUCUGACACGUGCGCGAGAGAGCAUCUUGAACUUAAAAAAAAUAUAUAUAUAAUAUGUAUCAAAAAAUAUUUUAUCGUACAUAUACUUAUAAAUUAUGUAAUGUAUAAAACAAUGUCAUAGCUAUGAUUGUAUGCUUGCGUAAAUACAUUACGCGAGAUUCACACAAGCUAAUUGGAGGAUUGAAACUCUCAUGUAAAACUCGUUAGUUGUUAGUUUAAAAAUAUAAUACACAGUAAAAUGCUUAUUUUUUUGACAAUGUGCAGUUUAAUUUAGAGAUCAAGAACACGUUUUUUGCAUGCAAUAUGCACUAUAAAAAUAAUUAUAAUUUAUUUUUAAACGUUCGCAUAGAGAAUGUGUCUGUCGAGUAUAUUAAAAUAAUGUAAAGGUUCUUUUUAUUGCAAUUUGAUCCUUAUGUAAAUACCGAUAUUGCAAGUAAAGAUCUAAGAGGAUUUAUUUCUCUCUCUUUGAAAAAUUAAAAAAUUAAAAUAUUUUUAAAUAUCUAUUCUCAAAAUCUCAUCUCCUGACAUUCUUAUAGCCCAUACAUAAACUUGCAUUUAUAUUUGAAAAUUAAAAUUUGGAAUUAGAUAGGGAUAAAUUGCAAUAUUGAUAACCUAACUCUUAUAAAGCUGUCUAAUAUGUAAUUCCAUAAUAUUAUAAAUGUAUAAAUUUCAGAAAGGCUAUUUAAAAUCAACAAAAAGUAAUGAUGUGAAAAAAACAUGAAGCCUAAGACAUCAGUUUAGAAUCUUGUGUAGAAUUUGUGGAAGUCGAGUCAAGAUUAAUGUGUUUAUUCUGGAGUUGCGAUAAAAUAAUGAAUAAAGCGCGUGUUGUAGUUGUAUCCUACGAUAGUUUCACAUAAAUUAAUAUAAUAAUCUACAUUAAACAAGUAUCUUUUUGGUACUAAAGAUACAGAUCUAUAUUGCAGAGAGUUAUUUUUGAAAGAUUAUGUGAGAUGUUACAGUGAUAAGAUUGAAAAAAAUGACAAAACAACACAGACACGGCCAAGAAUGCAUGAUAUUGCUUAGUUUAAGUUCAAAGUUUAAGAUUUUUAGUAGGUAUAUUCAUUUCUGUUUCGAUACAAUUCAGAAUUAUCAUGAAAUAGUUGUAUCAAGAUGUAUUCAAAUUUUAUAUACAGAGACUGAUACCUGACCUAAAAAUGUAUAUAUUUGAGAUGCGAUUAUCGAUAUACAGUUGUAUUCCAAUAUAUUAUUAUUAACUGUAUGAGUACUGUACAAUUGCAUAUAUUAAGAAUAUAGUACGAUUGAUUUUUGUUAAGAGUAUUACAUGUUUUUUGUAAAAAAAAAGAGCUGUACACACAGAACCAAAAUAAAAAUUUUAUAUUAUUCAUAAA